UGGACUCUGAUCAACUGCGGUAUAGAGAUAUGCAUAUCUAACCACCAGUAGCCACGUACUGUAUGUACUUACUUGAUUGUCAAGGAAUAGAGAAGUUUAAAUAAAUUUUAUAUAAAUUAUCAAGAGAACUUUAGAGUAUUACUUUACAUGGCCACUCACGUGGAUAAUUGUAUUUUUUGUAAAAUUAUAAAUAAUAAUGCGCCAAGCGAAAAAGUAUACGAGGAUGACGACAUGGUGUGCAUUAAAGAUAUUUAUCCAGCUUCGACGCAUCAUUAUUUAAUACUUCCAAGGAGGCAUAUAGCCAAUGCAAAGGAACUGAAACCAACUGAUGCAGAACUUUAUGACAAAAUGAUCUCUACCAUGCACAGGAUGUUCGAAAUGCAAGGUUUGAAUCCAGCUGAAACUCGGACAGGGUUUCAUUGGCCACCAUUUAAUACAGUGCAUCAUUUGCAUUUACACAUUAUUUCUCCAAUAAGUAAUAUGAGUAUUAUCAAAAAGGUUAUGUUUAAGCCUGAUUCAUAUUGGUUUGUAGGUGUAGAUUAUGUAAAAUCACACCUUCAAUCCAACAAGUAAUAUAGAGCAAAUUUUAUAGUUUAUUAAUAGAGGUCUAGAAGAUCUAUAAAAGGGCAAGAUUAAGGGUAAUUACAGUUAAUCAAGGAAUAGGAAACAAUUGUAACAUUUUUAAGAGGUAAAAAUUUUGUUUCAUAUACACAGUCUACUGUUUUUAUGGAUGUUGUGAUAUAUUUUUGUUAUUAGUCUGGUUGUGGUUAUAGAAUCAAACAUUUUAAUUUUGCAAAAAAUAUAUUUAUAUCGAAAAUAGUAACAAUGUACAGUUGAUAUAAAAUUCGUACAUUAAUACUUUA